AUAUUAAAUAACAACUAUCAUUUAAAAUCUAUAAUCAUUAUAUGCCGAAAAUUUAAGUAGGGGUGGGCUGGGGAAGAAAGCGACGAACAUUGGAAGAUGAAUCCAUUGUGUUCUGCUUAUUCCACAGACAAGCCCACCAAACUGCAUGCAAACAAACACAUUUCUUCGCUUUUCCAAAUUUCCUUAAAGUGAAAAUGCACAAAUCUCCCAGUAUUUAUAUUUACAGGCUAAACAAUUUUGUGUGUGUGCGCAUGUGUUUUUAUAUUAUUUUAAUGCACAGCAGAGGUACAACAAGAGAUCGCUUUCUAUCUGGGAGCAGAUAUCAACGGAUAUCAAUUCACGCAAUAAACAUUGAUAAAGGACAAGAAACUUCAUUCAACCCAGCCCGAGAUCCUUCCAUCUCAGAGAUCAAAAUCAUCAUUGUCACCUGGUGUCACAGUUUUGGUGAACUACUGCAUGGUGCUCUACCCUCUCUGUACAGGGGCACAAGUAGUGGUGGAGGCAUCCAUACCCAGUUCCUAACUACUGUAAGCAGUUGAACCAUAAGUAACAUAAAGAAUGGACAAUCCACGCCAGCUACUUGUCUUGUAUGGUAGCCAGACAGGUACAGCUGAGGAUACAGCAAACCGAAUAGGCCGAGAAGCCAAGCGACACUGGUUUGAUGUCAGAGUCUUGGCCUUAGAUGCUUAUCCUGUGGCACAGCUGUUGAAAGAGAAGGUGGCAGUGAUAGUCUGUGCUACGACUGGUCAGGGGGACCCUCCAGACAAUAUGAAGAUAUUUUGGCGAUUUAUCAUGCGAAAAAACUUGCCAGUUCAGUCUCUCAGCAACCUUCAGUAUGCUGUCUUGGGGCUAGGUGAUUCCUCCUAUCCAAAGUUCAACUUUGUUUCCAAAAAGCUGCAUAAGCGCUUGGAACAGAUUGGUGCUCAUGCACUAGUGAAUGUUGGGCUAGCUGAUGAGCAACACGACCUGGGGUCUGAUGCUGUCAUUGAUCCAUGGAUAUCACAGUUAUGGGACAAAAUACUGCAGCUCUUUCCUCUCCCUAGUGGCAAGAACAUCAUUCCAGCAGAAGUCAGACUGCCUCCCCGCUACCAUGUUGUGUUCUUGGAUAUGAUGGAAGCCAUACCAACAAAGAGAUAUGAGUUUGAUGCUACUAACCAAACAGUCAUAAAGCAGCAGCGGCAGCCAGAUGCCAGCUCUCCAUAUCUGGCUUCUCUUGCUGCUAAUGAGCGAGUGACUGCAAAGGACCACUUUCAGGAUGUCCGCUUGCUGACUUUUGACAUUGCAGACUCUGGCAUCAGGUACAAGCCAGGUGAUGUAGCAAUGAUACACCCAGAAAAUGUGGAGGAAAGGGUGGAAGAAUUUUUAAAUCACAUGGGUUUGGAUGGAAGCAGACUGUUCUUGAUCCAGCAGAAUGACCCUAAUGUGCCAUUACCAAGCAGUCUUCCUCAACCCUGCAGCAUAGCAUGUGUGGUGUGCACAUACUUUGACUUCUGCAGUGUGCCACGUCGCAGUUUUUUUGAGAUGCUGUUACAGUUUGCUGAGGAUGAUAUAGAGCGUGAAAAACUGCAGGAGUUCUGUACUCCCGAAGGACAGGAUGCCAGGUUCUCCUACUGUAACCGCGUUAGACGUACCAUCAUGGAGGUUAUGCAAGAUUUCCUUCUAACGAGUUCUCGUGUGCCCUUUGAGUACUUGUUUGACCUCAUUCCACCUCUCCAACCACGAGCUUUCUCCAUUGCCUCCUCUCCUACAGUCCACCCAGGCCGGCUGCAAGUUCUGAUGGCUGUGGUCAGGUAUCAGACACGACUGCAACAUCCACGACAAGGGGUAUGCUCUACCUGGCUGGCAUCUUUGAGGCCAGAGUCAGGGGUUAAGAUCCCUCUGUGGGUCAAGAGCAGUAGCAUCACAUUUCCUGAUGAUAUCAUAACACCAAUCAUUAUGGUGGGGCCUGGUACUGGGGUGGCUCCUUUCAGAAGUUUCAUCCAUGAAAGAGCAGCACUGGGUGUUGGCGGAAACUUUCUGUUUUUUGGCUGUCGGAGUCAGUACAAGGACUUUUACUGCCAUGAGGAGUGGUCUGCCUUACAAUCACAGGGUCGCCUGCUGCUCUUCACAGCCUUUUCUCGUGACCAGGAGGAGAAGAUAUAUGUUCAAGAUCGCCUUCGUCAAAACGGACAUUUGAUCUGGACCUUGCUUCAUGACCAGCUGGGUAGAUUCUACAUUGCUGGGAAUGCAAAACGAAUGCCAACAGACGUGCGUGCUGCUGUCGUAGAAGUGCUGCAAAAAUACGGAUCAAUGAUGGAGGCGGAGGCCAACAGCUACAUAGAGUCACUGGAGCGUGAUCACCGUUGGCAGAUUGAAACCUGGUCUUAACACAAGUUAAACGUUCCGCUUUGUGUUAUCAAAUUUGUUUAUCAAAGUUUAACACAACAGAAUUCCCGUUUGGUGCAAACGCUGCUUGGUGAGGCUUUGUGGUUCUCAGCUGCUGAACGGUGCUCAGACUGAGCAAGGACACCAGCAAUAGAGCAGUUACCUCCAUAACAUGAUUUACACCGGGAGCGAAUAAAGGCUGAUUAACAUCCAUAUCUACCCAGGGUGGCACACUACAUUCUUUUCUGUGAAUACAUGUAUGCAGUCCAGGU